AAGCAGAUGAGUAGCCCAUGGGUGUCACCUCCCACAGCUGUGUACAGAUCAGAGGAGAUACAACAAAUACAGUAUGUCCCAAGAGUCCACAUUCAUGCAGUGGACAGGGGCUGAGGUCACUAUGCUUCUGUUGGUGGGUCGUCUUGACUGAUUGGUCCACACAUAAGCCGUGGGUGUUGAUGACGACGGAGCAUAAGCCCCUCUGCCCCCUGAGCCGCUGCUGUGAUCUUGGUGGGCCGAAGGCCAGGCCAGUCAUGCCCCGCACUCCUCAAUCUCCUCAUUCAGUUUGAGACACUCCCUGCCUCCUCUCACCCCUCCUUCCCUUGCACUCCAAUGUGCAUUCCACGCAUGCCCUUCCAGUCCAGAUCUCAGCCUGGCGCUCUUGGUGCCAGCAGGCAAAGGCACGCCCUGUUCAACAGAAGCAGCAGUGUCGUGCUUGAACAUGACGACUGUGGGAUGAGCAGCACAAAUCUAGUGUGUGCCUUCCAGGAAUCAGGGCCACAGUGUGUGAGAGAGCACUCAUACGUGCUGUACUGGGUGAGGCAUGACCACAUAUUGCUCCAUCCCGGCACGCAGAGCCAAAUAGACUUGUCACAUGGUUGAAUGUCCAUUUCAUGCUCUAUUGAAUUCUGUGCACAAGAGCUAGUACUGAGAAUGGCAGUUUCACAAGCAUAAUACACUAGUGUACUGUAUCAUAAUUUACAUGUCUGAGUUAAAUAUUGAAUGCUUAUCAUCCACAAAUUGCAGAAAAAAGUAAGGAAAAAAGAUUAAUCCUUUAUCAAUGAAAAAAAUAUUAUUUCAUGCAUAUAGACAGUAUUGUUGCAUAGUGUUGCACAGUUUAAGAUGUGGUGUUCUCAGUUUGUUGAGAUAAUUGUCCUAAUCUGUGGUGCAAAAUUUAAUAGCUGUCCUGUGUGCGUUUGUGCUCAGCACAUAUAGACCGCUUGCUAAAUAAGCAUUUCAAACAAUACAGACACAGAUCUGUCUUGAUCAAGUGGUACAAUUAGAGCCUUUGUGCUUUGGCUUUCUGCAUUUGUUCUUUUUAUGCUGUUUUGCAUCCCUCCUAUCAGCUUGCAGCUCAGACUCCAAUGUCUGCACUCAAUAGCCCUCUGUAUGUAGACACAGAAUAGGGACUAUACACCCCCCCCCCCUUUCUCCCUCCCUCCUUUUUUUUUUUUUUUGUACUCACUGACAAGUGCACGUCCCCUGACAGAGAGCCUGACGUCACAGGUGGCUAAGUGAGCCUCCCUGCUGUGCUUUAUAGAGCGAGAUCAGUUGGAAAUGAAAGUUGAGGGGGAGGUGGCAGCGGGUAGCCUGAGGCAUCAGGUGUGCAGGCAGAGAGGUAGAGUGAAAGAGGAGAAGAGAAGCAGCAACCAGAUGAAUGAGGCUCCGUAGGCUUGGACAUGUGAUAAGGGGAGCGCGGGACUGUGCCGGGUCUAUAACAGUAUGCGUAUGUCAAGAUCAGACAUAAGAGCAGCUGUAGGAGGGAGAUCAACUCGUGUUAGUCAUCUGGAAGUGGAUGGAAAGGAAGAAGACAAUGCAACCGAACAAGAAACAUUCCCAUUAGUUCUUUGGAUUUAUGUAUGAGGGUAAUCCUAGACACUGCUGGACCAUGGCUGGCAAGCAAGGGAGGCAGUGGCGGUCCAUGUGCAAAGGCCUGGUCCUGGGUACCUUCCUGACCAGCUGCAUGAUCCUGCUUUACUGCCUCUCCACUCCACAGAUCCACCUCAGUCUGCCUGAGGUUCCAGUGCCUUACUCCUGUGCCCACCGUCCAUCCCAACUCCACCCCAAACCGACCACAAACAGCUCCCACCAAACCCAUGGCCAGACCUGCGCUCCUAAAGUGGAUAUCAUGUUCAUGAAGACCCACAAAACAGCCAGCAGCACCUUCCUCAACAUCCUUUUCCGCUUUGGCGAGAAGCACCGGCUCAAAUUUGCCUUCCCUGACAGCAGGAAUGACUUCUUCUAUCCAUCUCUCUUCGAGCGCUCACAGGUAAAAGACUACAGACCUGGAAUGUGUUUCAAUAUUAUCUGUAAUCACAUGCGCUUCAAUGCACCUGAAGUGGCCAAGUUGCUCCCUGUGGACACUUCCUACAUCACUAUCCUGCGAGACCCUGCAGAGCUUUUUGAGUCGUCCUUCCAUUACUUUGGUCGACUGGUGCCUUUCACCUGGAAGAUACCAGGUGAUGAUAAGCUGACUGAGUUCCUACAUGACCCCCAUUACUACUUUGAUCCCGAGGGCUUCAACUCAUUCUACCUCAAGAAUCUGCUGUUCUUUGACUUUGGACAGGACAACACUCUGGAGCUGGAUGAUCCACGGGUAGAAGAAGGAAUCAAAUUUAUCAUUGACCGUUUUCAGCUGGUCAUGUUGGUGGAAUACUUUGAGGAAUCACUCAUCCUGCUCAAGGAUGCCCUCUGCUGGGAGAUGGACGACUUACUCUUCUUCAAGCUCAACGCCCGCAAGGGAUCUACUGUGUCUAAACUUACCCCUGAGCUGAGGGCCAGGGCCCUUAAGUGGAAUGCUAUUGACUGGAAGCUAUACCAGCAUUUCAACCAGACCUUUUGGAAGAAAGUAGAUGCAUAUGGACGGCAGCGGAUGGCUGAGGAUGUGGCAGAGCUCAGGAGAAGGAACGAGGAGAUGACAUCCAUCUGCAUUGAGGGGGGUCGUGCUGUGGAGGCUGGCAGCAUCCAAGAGACAGCCAUGCAGCCCUGGCAGCCCAUCGGAGAGAAGUCCAUCAUGGGCUAUAACCUGAAGAAGAAUGUGGACAAGGCACAUCGGAAGUUGUGCCGUAAGAUGUUGAUGCCAGAGCUUCAAUACUUAACAGAGCUUGGGGUGAACCUGUGGAUCACCAAGCUGUGGGGCCAUGUCCGAGAUAUCAUUAACUGGUGACUAGACAUGUGAGCAAGAGGGGCCAUUUCAACUCUGAAAGACUGUAUUAAAAGAAGAGAAAUCUGACUGUGACUGAUAGAGUGAGAGAUCAGAUUUCCUGUCUCAUUUUGUUGUAAAUGUAUUUGCAUUUCAUAUGACUGUGCACUGUAAUGUAUCUGAAGGGUGCUUGAAAAAAAAAAUACUGUUGACCACACAAUCUACAAAUACUGAACCAGUUUACUACAUGCAGAUGAGGUCUAGUCUUGUUCUCUGUGUUUGCGAGUCAGUUUUCAAACAUUAAAAUGUUCUUACUCUCAGAUGUGAGCUUGUUCUAAUGGAAUACUUGAGUGAGCUAUGGAGUUCAGGACUAAUUUUAUGAGCCCUUUGAUGGAAUAAAGACCCAUUGUUGCCAUCCCUGCCAAAUGUUUAAGCUCUAAGACACUGAAUCCUCCCUAAGGGCUAAAAUACAGAUGUGAAUAUAGUGAAUGUAAGUAUUAUAUCCCAUUUUCCUGUCUAUGGAGGACAAAAUCAGCCAUCAUUUACAAAGUUAAAAAAGCAAACACAGACUUUUCAAAUAGCACUUGUUGUAACAGGGAAAGCACAAGUGCAGCUAAUAGCGUUAAUAUUUGUGUAAAUCAAAUGUAACUAGAAUUACUGUUAUUAAUUACAUGUGUUCUCCCUGCAGUGACUAAAUGAAAAGUCUGAUAGUAGUACACAAAUAGUAUACAAAGAAGUCAGUAACUUAUAUACUGAGUGAGUACAGUACUAUGCAAGUAAGAGGAAAAAUAAUUUCCUUAUCCAUUUACUUUCCUUGUCAGUUUUUAAAACAUUAUGUUGCGUUUUCUGCUUUAUAAUAUUUUUGCCUCUCCAGGGCACUUUCCAGUUGUAGCAAAUCCCCCUGUUUCUCUCGAUAUCAUAAUAAUGAGCCUGAAAAAAAAGUGUCAGCAAAAUAAGACGAGUCCUGUCUAGAAAGGCACUAUGACAAUGACUGACAGUGUUAAACACCACCUACAUGUGUUUACACAGCCUUGUAAUCAUAGCCUGUGGAAUUAAAGGAAAUUUAAUAGAGAAAUAAAUAAUGUUUUUCCUGAUAAUGCACUGUAUCUCUCAUUUAUUUCUUAAUUUGUGUCCAUUCACCUAUACAUUGUUUCUGUGCAUUUAAUAUUUUGUUUAUAGUGUAUUGUAUUUAUCAGUGGUUAUUGAUUCAUUCAUCUGUAAUUUACUGAUUUUGUCCUCCAUACAUUUCUCCAUCACUCCCGGAAUAUAUGAUAAUCUAUUUUAUCCUCAAAAUAAAGUGAAAAUUAUAUGUAA